UUGAUAAACAUUCAUACGAACUUUGUUAUUGAAGUAAAAAUAAACUUACAUUUGAAGUUAUUUUUAUUUUUAAUAGUAUAUAAUUUUUUAUUUGUGAUUAAGUGGAAAUCUCAACUAUAAUUAUCGAAUAUAACAAUAAUAUUCUUUAAUGUAAUUGCAAUAAAAUGUCUACUCGUGAAAUACUCACCUUACAAUUCGGUCACUAUGCUAACUUUGUUGGUACUCAUUUUUGGAAUCAACAAGAACUUAGUUUUGACUACACCGGAACUAAAAAGUCUGAAGUGAAUCAUGACAUCUUAUACCGAGAAGGGCAAUCGACUAGAGGUGAAGUAACCUAUACGCCUAGGUUACUUUUGGCCGAUUUGAAAUACUCACUAAAAACAUUACCUGCUAGUGGUGGUUUGUCUAAUGAUAGUGACAAUGAACAGAUACCAUGGGAUAAUAUAGAGAAAAUUGAGGAACCAGUGGCCGAGAAGAAUGACUACUUAAAUGAUAUUGACUCACAGGAAUCUUCUUCAGAACCAAAACAGUACAAUUUGGAUGAAGAUAUUAAGACAUGGACAGAUUUUUUAUAUCCCAGAUUUCAUUCUCGUUCCGUUAAUAUAGUUGAAGAAUAUAAACAUGGUAGUGAUAAUGAGAGUUUUGAUAUUUUCUGUUCUGGUAUUUCAAUAUGGAAGUCAAAUUAUGGAGAUGUAUUUAGUGAUAACAUAAGGAAGUAUGUAGAAGAAUGUGAUAGCAUACAAGGUUUCCAGAUUAACUUUGAUUGUACUGAUGGUUUUGCAGGACUUGCUUUAAGUUGUGUUGAACACUUAGAUGAUGAGUACACAAAGUCUAUAUUAGCUUAUCCAAUCAUUCCAUCAUAUUUUGCUGAUAAUAAACCAAGUACACAGGAAGAAAGAGAUCAAUCAAAUUUGAAAGAUUCAACAAGACUUGUUAAUAUUGCACUUUCUAUUCAAGAAUUAUCAGAACAUGCUUCUUUAUUUGUACCAAUAUGUACAGGAGAUAAAGGUUGGAGAAAGCCUGGCAGUCCAAGAGCAUUUGACCAUUUGAAUUAUGACCCCCAAUUAUAUUACCAUUCUUCUUCUUUACUAGCUGCAGCAUUGGACUCGCUCGGUCAGAAAUAUAGGCACAAAAGUAAUUUCUAUACAAUGUCUGAUAUCUGUGCUGACAUGUCAGGUUAUGGUAGAAAAAUGGCUGCUGCAUCAUUAGGUAUACCUUUCGCUAUUAAUGAAUCAGAAUACUUGAUAGACUACUUAAAUAAUACUACUAAACCUAUAUUCACUGCCCUAACACCAAGUUGUAAAAUUGCAACAGAUAAGAUAUUCCAAUUAGUAACUGUUAGAGGUAUCCCAGAAAAUUAUUUAAAACCACCCUUAAAAGAAGCAAAGGAUCAAAUUAAUUUACCUGCAUACCAGUGUAACAGUGUAAAAGAAAUGUUCCAGUUGUAUUUCCAAGCCAGUAAUUUUCUUUCUGCAACAAAUGUAACAGUAUGUAAACAGCCUUUUGAGCUGAAAACACCAUUCCCAAAGAUUUUAUCCAAUAAUCUCAAUAAAUAUGGUUUUCUGAAAAGUGACAACCGUCAAGAAGAUAUAGAAAGUUGUGCUGUUAUAGCUGGUUACCAUAAUGGUAAUUUCUUAGCUGAUAUGCUGGAAAAACUUCAUAGAGAAGUUAGUAGGAUAAAAUUUUCUAAAUUGCAUAAGUUUAAAGAAGAGGGCUUAGAAGCUACAGAUUAUUUAGAGAGAUUGGAUAAACUUUCAGAGUUCAAAGACAAUUAUGAAGAUGAAUUUGAAUUAUAAAUAUGUAAUGAAUUUGAUUACUAAUUUUGUAAUUUAAAAUAGUAUUCAUUUACAAAAUUAAUUGCUAGUUAUUUAUGGAAUAAAUAGAAAAUCUAGUGCCAGAGCAUCUACACAUACAUAUACUUAAAUUUACAAAUAAUACAAGAAGCAUAUUUUACAAAUCCUUCCUUCUACAAAAUUACUAAGAGACCAAAUGACUUUGUCAUUUCUCGUCAUCGUUGUCGUAAUAAACGACAGUUCUAAGUGUUCUAAGACGCUUUAAUUAUUUACUAAGUUUAUUUUCGACAAGUUGCUGCUGCUGCGAUAGUUCGGGACUACGAAAUGAAAUAACGUGCCUAAUAAAAUAUGACCAAUUUAUGUAUUUAACUUCAAAUA